AUGUUGACAACAGCUCCAGUAUUGGCACUUCCUGAUGACGGUGGGGGUUUUGUUGUUUGUAGUGAUGCAUCAAAACAGGGGUUAGGUUGUGUAUUGAUGCAACAAGGAAAGGUGAUCGCCUAUGCUUCUAGACAACUCAAGAAGCAUGAAUUGAAUUAUCUUAUGCAUGAUUUGGAGCUUGCUGUAGUGGUGUUCGCCUUAAAGAUUUGGAAUUCAUCUGGAUCUUUGGCUCAUCUCCGAAGGAAGUAUCUUCUAUUGUUAGUUGAAUUAAGGAAGUCGAGAGUUAGGUUAAGUUUGGAUGAUCAAGGAGCUUUACUUGCUACUCUCCACGUAAGACCAGUGUUGGUUGAACGAAUUAUUGAAACCCAAAUGCAGGAUCCGUUAAUUUGCAUGUUAAGGUUGGAGGUUGAGAAUGGUACAAGAACAUAUUAUUCUGUGAGAAAGGAUGGAGCUUUGAUGGUGGGAACAAGAUUGUAUGUUCCUGGGAUGAAGCACUAA